AUGGGCCCGCCCCCACGUCCGCGGGGGGGAGGGGGGUCGCGGUGCACGGCGGGAGUUGUAGUCCACCUCGGUCCCUCCCCGACUCCACUCCCAGGAUGCCGCGGUGGCGCCGCCCGCCGACAGAGGGCCGAACCUGAUUGGCUGGUUCGUCGACCGCCGUCGCUCUCAGUGCGCGGCCUCCUGCUCCACCUGACAAUCGCCAUGUCUGGAAUCAAUCGAAGAGAGAAGAAAUAUGCCAAGAAGAUGAGAAACCAGCCUAGCAAUGUCACCUUUUCAUCAUCUGAUCCAGGGGCUGGUAGAUCUGGAAUAGGAUCAAUUGAAUCUCAGUCAGAUGUCAAUUAUAGAGAACAGCAGAGAGGUUCACAUGGAGGAUAUUGCCACAGAGGCCAAGGAAGUGAUCGCAAACAUCUUCAAAAUGUUCCCAAAUUUUUAUUUGCAAAAGACUUUGCUCAGUACCGUGCUGCAGAAAUCAAUGCCAUGUUAAAAGCAGUAGCGCACAAAUCUAACUCUCAGUUUCUGCAGUCCCUACCACCACAUCUGCGCAGAAGAGCUAUGAGUGACAACGUUAAACGUCUCCCUCGAAGGCUUAGAGAAAUUGCAAAGAAAGAGAUGGAAAAGAUUGCCCAUUUGAAAAAAGAGCAAUCAAAGAGCAAGUCUCGCAAAGCCCGUCGACGACAUGGGAAUUUGUUGCUGGAAUUUAACCGAAGACAAAGAAGAAACAUUUGGCUGGAAACUCACAUAUGGCAUGCAAAAAGAUUCCAUAUGGUCAAAAAGUGGGGAUACUGUCUGGCCAAUAAACCGACUAGUAAAAGUUAUAGAGCGUGCUACCGUGCUAUGACACAGCAGUGCCUACUUCAGGAUAUGUCUUACUAUUGCUGUUUGGAGCUGAACGGAACACAGGAGAAUCUCCUGAAGGCUCUUGCACCUUUGAGCAGCAGAGAAGCAGGUCCAACGUUUGCGUCUGUGGACUGCCUAUCUGGGAAACGUCAAGGGUCAUUGGUUCUCUACAAGGCUGAGCAAUAUCCUGAGAAGCCACUGGGUCCUAUUACGUUCCUAUGGCGGCCCAAAGCAGAGCCUGAAAACCAUUCUGAAAACAGGCAGCUUUGGAUCUGGGCACAUCCAGCACUUAAAAUGGAUCUAUUAACUGAGCUUCAGUUGGCCUGUCAAUGUUCAGAUGAUCCUUUACCUGAACCAGCUCCUACUGAAUGCAACACUUCAACACAGAAAGGAGCUGGCUUGAAAAGAAAACUGCAGGACAAAGUUGGAGAGAAGGUCGUACCCAAGAAAAAAAUAAUAGGCAAUAGUACCAGAGAUCCAUCGAAACCAGUGUCUUGGACGUCGUUAACUACUGGCAUUGUAAUAGAAGAUCUGACUAUGGAAAUUCUGAGAUAUCGGCUGAUUGGUCCCCUGUCUCACUCUGCGAUACUUGAAGUUUUUCAACCUGCUGUUGUCACGGAAAAUUCUGAAGUGACAGGAGCAAGAGCUUCACCCUGCUGGUGGUCAGAGUAUUGCAGGAAAUCUGAGGACGUGGCCCUUCAUAAUCGUCAAGGGGAUUUCCUUCAGUUACUUUCUGGUGUUGCUUCACCAGCAGAAAUUUCAACAGGGUCUGUACUUGGACUUACUGUGAGGGAUCCUCGACUAAACAUACCCGAAAACAGAACCGCAGCAUUGCCUGACCCAUCACAGUUUAAAGAUCUGGAAAAAGUUAAGGAGUUUUCUCUGAAAGGAAUUCCCUCAGAAUGUGCUCAGAGUCAAAUCUGGGACCGGAACAUCCGCAAUAUUGUCACAGAAACUAAAAUUUCCGAACAGGAACUAAAUCAGAUGAAAAGCAAGCUCUUGGUCCCUGGAUCUCAACUGAAUUUGGGGCCACAGGAAUCCAAGAUUCCCAUCCUGUUGGUGCAGCAGCCUGGGAAGGUGGCUGGAAAAGAGAACAUCGGUUGGGGGAGUGGCUGGGAUAUCCUAUUCCCAAAAGGAUGGGGGAUGGCAUUCUGGAUUCCCUUGAUCUAUAGGGGUGUACGAGUAGGAGGUUUGCAAGAGGGAGUCAAGCAUUGUCAGUACCAGGGAAUCCCACGUUUCCCAGAUGAUUUUCCAGACUGCCCAGCUGGCAUGCGGCACAGUGAGGUGACCGAGAAGGAGCUGAUGGACAAAUACAAGAGAUAUCCACCAGCCAAGAGACCCAACUAUAUCCAUUAUGGCACCAUGAGUCCAUUUCGCUGUCCUUGGCAGCAACUUGUAGAAGAAUGGGAAGAGAAGAGCAAAGCUACUGGUGUCAAACCUACUGUCGGUGGCAAAGAAUCAGAGUUAAAGUCCGAAGUGCAGAUCUCCAACAAGAAACCAGUUGGUGCAAAUGAAGGGAAAACAUCCAAGCAAUCGUCAGAUAAAGAGAAAACGCCUGAGCCUGAGGAGGAAAUGGAAGAGGAUUCUGAAAAUGUUGUUGUUCUUGAGCCAAAGAUUCCAAGUCCUAAAGACAUUCCAGCAGAAAGUGGUCAUGUUCCCAUCCUAAGGAGCAGAAAGUUGUUGAAGCAGCUGUCUGCAUGGUGUCGCCCUACAUCAAGCCGUGGUCAGCAGGCUAAACAAUCCAGUGGGUCUCUGCAAGUGCAGAUGGCAGCAGAUGUGGUGAAUUCCAUCAAGUGCUCCUAUCCCCGGUUCCUUGUCUGGGCCAGACUGUCACCACUGAAAAAGGGCUGUCCCAUUGCUAAUGCAACAAUUUGUAUCCCUUCUGAAGAAGACCUCCAGCUUACGGCCUCCGACUCUAAGAAUUGUGCUCCUCAAGAACCAAAGCACAGAGACCCCUUCAAACGCCAGAUUAAAACCUUAAAGAAGAAGAAGAAAGGGGCUUUGCCAGAAGAUCUGGAAAGUGGUUCUGGAGGUCAGGACUUAAAACCGGUUUCCAGUUGUCGAAAGGAUUUGGUUCUUGGCUUAUGGCCCGACCAGCCACAGGCUGUGAUGUCCCACUGCUCCAGACUUGCAAUCGGAUAUGUAAGCCAAGGGGACUUUUCACUGAAUGUAGGCUGUGGGGAAGCCUUGGGAUUUGUUAGUUUAUUGGGUCUCUUGCAUAUGUUGUCCAAUCAACCAGCAGAGAAACGUGGCCUUGUACUUGUGAGGAAUCCAGCUUCCCUGCAGUAUCGCCUCGCUAAAAUAAAUAUUGAAGUUUAAAAAGAUGCUAGAUUCUAGUGCAAAUUGCAGGUGAUAUCUCGAAGCUUAAUGUUUAUAUUUUCGCUCCAAAGACCAGAGCUCUUGUCUUCAAUUAAAUGGUACAUCCUAUUAAGCUGAAUUUGAAUUCUGAUGCUAACUGACUCAAAGAUGACUCUAUGAACGGAUUUGUUUCUUAUUUGCUGUUUCCAACCAUGCAGUGCUGACAAGAUCACCUUGCAUUGGUCUGCACAUAGUUGAAAUUCAUUGUGACUGAAAUAUAUUUUACUGACAUUAAA